CAGAGGUGGAAAAAGUACUCAGGUCUGUUACUUAAGCAAAAGUACAAAUACUACUUAGUCAAAAUAAUGAUACCUGAUUUAAAAAGGUUAGUUCAGAAGAAGUGCAGAUGUAUUAGCAGCUAAAUGUACUUAAAGUAUCAAAAGUAAAUUAAUGGUUAGGUAAGCAGGACAUUAAUAUCUCAUAUCAUAUAAACUGCCAUGUGUUUUUUUAAUAGAAAAAGGUGGUGUAACUAUGAGCGUGAAAUAAAUCUAGUGAAGUGAGAAGUACAAUACUUGCCUCUGAAUUGUAGUGAAGGAGAAGUAUAAAGGAGCAUAAAACCACCACCAAGUACUCACGUAGACUAAAAGUAUGUCAAAAUGUACUUAAGUAAAUGUACUUAGUUACAUUGCACCACUGCAUACACGCAAUUUGUUAUAUUCACUGUAAGAUUCUAUUUUAUCUCAAAUUAAAGCUUUUUUUAGCAUAGGUUUAACAAAUGUUUUAAGCUUCAAAAUAAUACCAUAUUAUGAUAAUAAAAUGGAAAAUAAGUGUUUGGGACCUUUUGUGCAACAGCUCCAUUAAAUCAAUUCUAAGCUUUUGUUGUGCUAAAUCUACACAACUGUUCAAACUUUUGUUGGUUCCAAAAAGUUUGCGGGAAAAAAAGACAUCAGUGUGGUAUAUACAUUUAAAUUCAUGUGUUAAAUCUUUUCCACAGGACACUCGUCAGAUUUACUGAAGGAAAUAGGGAAUCGAGACAGUGAUGCUGCUGAUGUUCUGCGAGAGGCAGAUUUAUACAUCGACUCAGACAUCCGGUCACUGACUCGAGAAGACCUGCUCGAGCUGUUUCCUGGACCAAAGAACUUCAAACUGAGAAGGUGGAUCUUUGAAAUGAUACACAAACCGAAGCCCGUUAAACAGCUCCCCCCCACAAAGCUGAAUAACGUCAUCUCUCCCAAGGGUCGUCCUCAGACGAGCCCUCCAUCGUUGCUUUCAGUCAUCCCAGUUCUCCAUGGUUGGUGUUCCUCCGUUGAUAGGAUGGACACUUCUGAUCAACAACCACAACCGAAAUAUCAAAAGUCCACCGAGGCUGUGAAUAAACGGAAAGGCAAAUUGGUGUACCAGGUGGUUGUUACCGGAACAACCUUUGAUGCCCAUUUUCAUCUGAUGGAGAAAGUGAAGAAGGAAGUUAAGGAUCAGUUUGAUCUUGUUCAAAGCAACAGCAACGACUACGACGUCACUAUUGUCUUCUGUCCCAUCGUUUCUCGCAUGGGACCAGAUGUUGAGUCAGCCAUGAGAGAUGUUAGAGGUGAUAAACCUGUCAUUCUGGUCUUGAUGCACCACGAAUAUGAGGUCAAGUUCAUUCCAAAUGUGAAACCUUUGUGUGACGGCGCUGACAUUCAGUUGCUUGUCAACGUUUUCUUCCACGAGACCAAAUCUGGAUUACUCUACUGUGAAGAAAAUAGAGCUGCUGCUUGCGAGAUAAUUAAAAAAUUACAAGAGUGCCCCAUUAUUAAAGCCCAGGGUCCGGCUGCUGGAAGUAGUUUGACUGCUAAUUCGAGGUCCAGCAGUAACAAGACAAGUUACAACGACUGCUGCGUACAGUAAAUUAAAACAACAAAGUGUAAUGAAUCAGAGAUCCUGUAUUAGUUUCACAGCAGGGAAAUGUGCAUUGUUCCAGCAAAAGUAGCAUAGUAGCAAAAGUAGCAUCGCAGGUAAAAAAAACAAACAUGCAAUAAUACAGCAUACGCUAAUUUAUUAAAACA